CAGUCUGAACCAUAUAUUUUUUAUUUGUUUAGAGCAGCCGACAAACAAUUAGCAAAGGAAGCAUAAUAUAUCCAGAGAAUACAAAAUAUCCUUUUACAAACACAGUUUCAAAUAUAUUUUUCGAACGAUGUUCGGUUUUAAUGCACGGCCUACACUUAAACUUUACAAUGCCUCAACCCCAAAUUACAAGUGGUUUCUAUAUUAUUUAUUAAUAAUUUUAUAUCCCACUUUUAUUCCAAGGAGCUCAAGGUGGUGCACAUGGUUCUUCCCCCUCCUCAUUUACUCCAGCAACAACCCUGUGAGGAAGGUUAGGCUGAGGGACAGUGCCUGGCCCAGGGUCACACCCAGUGAGCUUCAUGGCCAAGUGGGGAUUUGAACACUGGUCUCUCCCAGGUCCUUGUCUGACACACUAAACCACAGCACCAGGAAGUGAAUGAAUAGGGAUGAGGAUAGGAAGGCAGCAUACAACCCCCCCUCCCCCAGCAGUGCUGGCCAGGUCUGCCAAUCCCCACCCACCCACCCUAUGUUGUAGGUUGAGGGUCAGGCUGGUGGAAUAGUUUUUUGUCCUUGUUUGUUACUAUGCCGUGUAUUUUUGUGGUUUUAUAUUGUAUUAUAAACUGCUGUGUGAUCCUUGGAUACAGGGCAGUAUAGAAAUUUGUUAAAAAUUAAGAAUUGCAACAACGACCCUGAAAGAAAAUAUUCUUUGGUUUUAUUCCCAAUGCAGGUGGAUAACUGAAGAUGGAGCAAGAUUGUUUUCUCCUGCUCUGAACAGUAGAAUGGUCUCCCUUGGGAGGUGGUGGAUUCUCCUUCCUUGGAGGAUUUUAAGGAGAGGUUGCAGAUGGUCAUCUGUCAUGUAUUAUCUAGUUGAGAUUCCUGCAUUGCAGGGGGUUGGACUAAAUGAAUCCCUUACAACUCUACAAUUCCAUGAGAUUGUAACAUUUGCGCCCCCCGCCCCACCCUGCCAUGUUCUGCCAUGUAAAGGGUAAAGGUAAAGGGGACCCCUGACCAUUAGGUCCAGUCGCGAACAACUCUGGGGUUGUGGCACUCAUCUUGCUUUAUUGGGCGAGUCAUGUGGCCAGCAUGACUUAAGCCGUUUCUGGCGAACCAGAGCAGCGCACAGAAAUGCCGUUUACCUUCCUGCCGGAGCGGUACCUAUUUAUCUACUUGCACUUUGAUGUGCUUUUGAACUGCUAGGUUGGCAGGAGCAGGGACCGAGCAACGGGAGCUCACGCUGCUGCAGGGAUUCGAACUGCCGACCUUCUAAUCGGCAAGUCCUAGGCUCUGUGGUUUAACCCAUAGCGCCCACUCUUAAUAAUGCAGCAGGCUGGAAGUCAUUAGUCAGGGCUUUAGAGAACUCUUGGGUGUCUGCCUUGGUUUCUAUGGGCUGCUUCAGUGGGUGAGAUGGGAAUCGGGGCCCAUACCCCCCAUGCAUGGCUGAAGGGCCAGCUCCAUUGGGCUGCUUCUGUUCCUUGAACUGCUUGCAUUCUAGACUGGUCUCCCUCUCUCCCCCUACUCUAUGUGUGUGUGUGUGUGUGUGUGUGUGUGUGUGUAUCCACCCACCUCAAAAGGCAGCAGAUGGCAUUUUGAAGUGAUGCCACAUCAAGAGCCCACAAUGUAAGGCCAUAAUGUCCCAAGUCUAAAACAGCCUAACUGCACUGCUGACUGUGAGCACGGCUAUUUCCGCGUUUACCACUAGUGACAGAGUUCUUUUUUCCUUCCUUCCUCCUCUCUUCCUGAACCUCUUUCCUUUCGUGCCACCUCUUAUUGAUUAAUUAAUCAUUUCAUAAGCAUACUCCUCAACUGUAAGAAAGCACCGCAAAGUACUGUAGUUUACAAGGAGAAAAACAAUAGCAAUGAUAAAUAAAAAGAAUUAAAAGCAGUCAUUUAAAACAUGUUAAAAACUGAUUAAAGUCAAGAUAGGUAGGUUGUCCGCCCACCCGCCCAGCAGUCAAAAUCGGCUAUCUGAGCUGCUCUUGGAAUCCUUUCGGCUGGAAUAGCCCAUUAAAUAGAAAAAGGGGGUCGGGAAGUACAUCAUCAUCAUCAAAUUUGAUUCCCUCCCCCUCUUUCUUUCUUUUUUCUUUCUCCUCCUGUGAUGAGGCUGCAUUUUAAUAUUUUUAUUGUUUCAAUAUUUUAAUGUAUUUUAAUCUUGUUUUUAAGUUGUAUUCAUUCAACUUCUUUUUAUUAUUGCUUGUUAGCCGCCCUGAGCCCGGCCUUGGCUGGGGAGGGCGGGGUAUAAAUAAAAAAAUAUUAUAAUUAGUAUUAUUAUAAUCAUCAUCAUCAUCAAAGCGUUAUCGAAACCAGAAACUCGCGCUCCGUGCGUUUCUCUUCGCCUUUCUUAUCUCUAUGGUCACCCGCCCUACCAAAGCGGACACGCCCCCCUGGGCCAGUUUCAAUAAAUCUCGCGAGGUCUCGCCCCCGUCCCAUGCUAUGAAGCCGGACUCUACGCUCCGCCUCCGCGGAAUUGUCUCGCGAGAAUUGGGGGGGAGAGGCCUCGCGAGAGCGGGGCUUGGCUCCGGCCGCCGGUCCACCAUGGCCGGCGCUGAGGGGAAGGCGGGCGUCGGCGGGCGAAGGGGACGCGAGGCACGGACCAGCCUGACGGCCUUCGUGCUGGGAAGCUCCGUGGCGGCCGUGCCGCUGCUGCUGUCGGCGCCUCCGCCGGCGCUGCUCUCUGGGCUGGGCUUCCAAGGCCGCGCCGCGCUGGCCCUUCAUGUGGCCGGAGUCAACGCCGCCCUCCUGCUGGCCUGGGGUCGCGCCCCGGGGGGCAUGUACCAGGUAAGGGCUGGGAGGAGGGCGUGUCCACGCGAGGCCCCGCCCCACGGCGUUGGGAUUCGCCGAGCUCGUGGGCGUGGUUAGUGCAGGGUCCGCCCACUUCUGGCCUGGGAAGGGCGUGGCCAUACCCCUCUUUGCUAUAACUUGGUUAGACACGCCCAGGGGUGUGGCUGUCUCCCCUGGGCGUGUUUAACCAAGGGUGGCAAAAGAAUUCUAAGGUCUCAAAAAUAGAAUAAAUAUUCAUAAGGUAAAGGUAAAGGGACCCCUGACCAUCAGGUCCAGUUGUGGCCAACUCUGGGGUUGCGGCGCUCAUCUCGCUUUAUUGGGAGCCAGCGUACAGCUUCCGGAUCCUGUGGCCAGCAUGACUAAGCCGCUUCUGGCAAACGAGAGCAGUGCACGGAAACGCCGUUUACCUUCCCGCUGGAGCGGUACCUAUUUAUCUACUUGCACUUUGGCGUGCUUUCGAACUGCUAGGUUGGCAGGAGCAGGGACCGAGCAACGGGAGCUCAUCCCGUUGUGGGGAUUCAAACCGCCGACCUUCUGAUUGGCAAGUCGUAGGCUCUGUGGUUUAACCCACAGUGCCACCUGCUUCCCACCCAUGAUAUAUAUUUAGAUAUGCAUGCAUAUCUAAAUAGAUAUCAUCCAUGUGUCUGAAAUAGUGCAGGAGAGCAAUCCUGAAGCCAUGUUGACUCUCCCAAUGACUUCAAGUACUCCUCCGUAGUAAGGGAAGCAAAUGGGGAAAGCCUUAUUGUCUUAAAGGGGGCAUAUUUGAGUAUGAAUAGGGUGAGCCUGUGACCUGGAUUCAGGAACUAAAGUAUUAACCAUCACAAAAAUGGCCAGGCUUCCCAGGUAAUGCAAUCCUCGACCAUUAUCAGGUAUCCUGGAAAACAGGAUUUCUGUUGUCGACUGCCUCCUUUGAUGCAUGUAUGAUGAUUUGGGGGUGGUCUUUGGCUAAGGGGGUUGGGCAACAUCAAAUGUCUUCAGAGGCUCCUGCACUCUUUUGUUCAGGGUCUCUCCCAUCAUGGAAGGAGGGGAGGGAACUCUGUUGCAACAGAAAAAUAUAUGUAUCUGCCUUGCUUUCCACUGGAUCCUGCCUCCAUCCAUUCUUAUCUGACCGAUCAUGGACUUAGGGGGCUCAGAGUCCCAUGGGGAGUUGGACAGCAAAAGGCAAACCCCAAUUUUUACAUCAAAGGCCACUUCUCUGCUUAAGGAGGGGUGUGGCUAUCUCCUUAAUGAGUUCGCUUUUCUGCUUCUGAUCCAGAUAUGUCAGCUCUGCUCAACAGCUUUCUAUUUUCUUCUGAUGCCAAUGCUUAGGGCUGAAUCAUGGGGCAAGUAUGUCCCGGCACAAGCUCAGAGUGCUUUAACCACUGAAGCAGUCCAUGCCUGUGAGGCGUCUUGCAGCACUCUGACAACUGGGCUUGUUUACUUGUCCUAGACUGGCACUUGCUUCGUCAAGUACAUAAAGCCAAAGCUGCUGAAAUCAUAAUGUUGUUAUGCAAAUCUAUGGCGUGGUUCCAUGUGCAAUACUGUGCACAGUUCUGGUUACCCCACCUCAGAAAGGAAAUUUAUGGAAAAGGUUUAGAGAAGGGCAACCAGAGGAUCAAAGGGGAGAAGCGAUUUGCCUACCAGAAAAAGUUGCAGCAUUCGGAACUUAGGACUUUUUCGUUUAGCAAAAAGGCAAGUAAGAGAUAAUAUGAUAAAAGCCGAUAGAAUUAUGCAUGGAAUGGAAGAAGUGGAUAGAGAAAAGCUUUUCUUACUCUCUCACAAUAACUUGUGGACAUCCAUGAAGCUGAAUGUUGGGAGUAUUCAGGACAGGUGAAAGAGAGGACUUCUUCACAUAGCGCAUAGUUAAACUAUGAAACUCCCUCCCAUGGUGGGAGGCAGUGAUGGCCACGAACUUGGAUGGCUUUAAAAGAGGAUUGGGCAAAAUCAUGUUAGACAAGGCUGUCACUGGCUGCUAGCCAGAAUCAGCCUCCAUUAUUCCUCAGUUGCUGCGCACAGGGCUGUUUCACUCAUCUUCUGCUUGCGGUUUCCCCACAGGCCUCUGGAUGGCCACUGUGAGAACAGGAUGCUGGACUAGAUGGGCCAUUGGCCUCAUCCUGCCAGGCUCUUACUUACCUGUUGUGGCGUGAUUUGUUUAACCUGGCACAUACUUUGUCAAUCCCACAGUCGUUUUUGCUGCAGCCGGUCUCUUAAAAGUCUUCAGCCUUGUGUUAGAUCUUAAUGUCUUGCCGUAGGAUAAGUAGGAAAAGUUUGAAGAGGAAACCUCAAGCCCUUACCCCUAUUUGAAAUAAAGGUUGCGCUAGAAGAUUAGGAUGCAAAGUCUUCCCCAUAGAUCUCAUCUAUCUUUUUCUCAUAAAUGAUAUUGUAGACAAAUAAGCUGAAGAGAAGAAGGGGAACCUGCAGCCUUUGAUAUGUUUUUUGACUCGAACUUCCAGUAUCACCGGUGGUUGGGGAGGAGGAUGGGAGUUUGGAGCGGUGGUCAGGAUAGGCAUAUUUCCACCCAGGGGUUUCCUGUUGUCAAUCCCUCCCAUGGUGUGCUGGAGAGAUAGGACUGCCUUAGGAUUUGGCUUCAGAACUGGUGGCUUAUGGGGUAGGAGUAUGUGGGGUUCCCCCCCCCACCUCUGGCUAAUGGGCAGGUGAGUUUCUGACUGCCUUUUCUUGCCUUGUAGAUUGCCAUCCGUGCCUGCUUCUUGGGCUUUGCAUUUGGGUGUGGUUUAUUGCUCAGCUUCGGACAAUCUACGUGGAAGCAUUUUGGAUGGUAAGAGGGCAGCACUUUAGGUUUCUGAAAAGAAAACCGUGGGCUCUGGGGGACAGCUCUCUUGUUCCUGGAGACUCCUGGGACCUCCACUCACCUCUGUUUGGCUGGCCUUGAUCCUCUUAGGGGCACUAGGAGAGCCUGCCAUAGGAGACAAAUACUACUUAAUGCAUUGUUUCUGAAUCCAUUUUUUGGAGCCCCUUUUCUCCCCUGCCUUCUGUACUCAGGAAAUCCUAGCUGCUUGCCAGGGGACAAAAGCAGAAACAUGAAGGGGAAUGUGUGAAUAACUGAUGGUUCUUAGUUUGAGGUGGUUAGCCUCCCCACUCCUAAUUUUGGAUGUGAGACCUAGGCAUCUGCUCUGUAAAAUAUAUAUAUAGAUGUGUGCAAGUUCUUCUCAGUGUUUUAGGACACCUGCAUUGAGUGAUGUGAAUGAUGCUAUAUUUGAGUCUGCAUGCUUCCUGGAAAAGGAACCAUCCAGAGAAUGAGCCCACCCUUGUAAUAUCGUUUUUAAAACAGCAUUGGAGAUUAAGCAGCUGGUGUGUUGAGCAGCCCAGUUUACAGCUCUUCAGAAGAGCAAACCUAGAGUUAAAACCCAGGAAGCUGAAACAUGAGGGUUUUGCUAAGUCCCUGGUUGCUCUUUCAGGUAUAUGUGUUCGCUCUCCUUCUUCCAUUAUUCUGAAUACUUGGUGACAGCCGUUAACAAUCCCAGAAGUCUCUCCUUGGAUUCCUUCUUGAUCAACCACAGCUUUGAAUACAACCUAGCUGCAGUCUCAUCCUGGGUUGAGUUCACCGUGGAAAAAUUCAUUUGCCCAGGUCAGUAACUAUUGAGUUCUUAUGCAAGUGAAACAGAAAAAUUCAAUCAUUCUAAUGGGAGACCCAGAAACAUGGACUUGGAGGCAGGUCUGAAAACGAAGCUGUUUUUCUCCCCAACCUGAACUAAUUGGAGUGAUAUUGACCCCUCACCUUUAAAAUGAUCUCCCCUUUGAAGGUGUGUUUCACCACAACACUGAUACUGUUUUCGCAACAGGUGAAGACACACCUUUUUGCCCAGGCUUUUGGGGAGGGAUGAAGUAUGUACUGGGUGCUUGAAUCUCCAUUGCUGCUGGUAGUUUGUAACUGAAGUCUGUAUUUUGCUACAUGCUGUUUUUAUCUUCUUUUUUAAACUGUUGGUGCUUAGGCUAUUUAUUCUUUCUCUGGGGCCUCUGGGUAGAAAGGCGGGUCAUAAAUACUUUAAAUAAAUAAGAACUUGAUAUGCUGAAACAAGGUGUAGGACUUGGCCCUUGAGUGUCAAGGGGCUUUGCAUGCAUUAUCUCAGAAAGCUUCUAAGUUAGGCCAGGGUUGCUAUCCUACUAUUGCAGGUACAGAGGCUGAGUAAGCAGCACUCCUUUUGUGAAGGCCACCUACUCAGCUUAUUACCCCUUGAACCAGAGAUUUCACAACUUGCAUUAUUAGCUAUAACAACAGCCCUUCAGUGGUGGCUGAGAGUGCUCUAUUCAUUGCACCCUGCUGGCCCUCAGUUACUAAUACGCUCCUGAAAAUGCUGAUAACAGGGUGAACUUGUUGCCCCUUAAGCUUAUUCAGAGGCUGCAUUGAAAGAUGGCCGCAUACCACUUGUGUGUGGCUUUAGCUCUUUGUCAUUAGUUGGACCAUUUUCUGACCCUUCUAAAACACUGACUGUUCUGACUUCAUGCUCUGACAUUAAGGUCCUUUUUUUUGUUUUAAAUUACACUGUGAAGGGGAGGAGAUCACUGUUAUCAAUGAGUGUUUAUGAAAGUUUGGCUUUGAUCUCUGCAUUCUGCUUCUUGUGUACAUUGAAUUGUGAAGUUUGCAGAUGGAUCUCCACAGAAGUUAACUAGCCCACAUACCUUUGUUGUAGCCCACCUGCUGGCACAGACUGCUGUCAGUCAUUUUUGUCCCAAAAGGAAACCAAAACCCAGCUCCAGUGCAGCUGUUUGCCCUGGUCCCUUGUGAAGAAUGUAUUUUUGUGAAGUUAAUCCAUUUGUUACAAGCACCGAGUGCCUCCUUUUCCCUUCUGACCGGUGUAGCUGCAACUCUACCAGAGUGGCACCAUUUUGCAACCUGCGCUUGCUCCUUUGCAGAGAUGAAGCAGAUCACUUGGCUGAGUUCGGCAGGGCUGCUCAUGGUGGUUUUCGGGGACUGCCUGAGGAAGGCUGCCAUGCUCACAGCUGGCUCCAACUUCAACCACAUUGUUCAGAAUGAAAAAUCGGAGACUCACACUCUUGUGACCAGAGGUGUUUAUGGCUGGUUUCGUCACCCAUCGUAUGUCGGAUGGUUUUACUGGAGUAUUGGGACCCAGGUACUGUUGCACAGCUUAGUGCAUCUUGUAAUAUUUUGGCUCUUUCGGGAGUGGAGGGGGUACCCUGGGCUUCAUGAGAUAUUAAGAGGAAUGUGUGAUAGUGUAUAAUUCAUGAAUUCAACCUUCCAGUUUUCAGAGUGGUUUAACAGUCAAUCCCUUGUCGCAGGAAACUCUGGGAGUUGUAGUUCUGGGAGGGGAAUAGGGGUCUCCUAACCACUCUUGGCACCUUUAACAAACUUCAGCUCCCAAAACCCUUUGGGGAAAGAAGCCAGGGUCAUUUAAAGUGGUAUCAGAACGCUUUAAACAUAUGGUGUGAAUGUAACCUACGAGUCUUUUGAGCUUUCCAGUUUUCAUGCUCCUGGCAGCCAUUCUUUCAUUCCUUGUUUCAGGUAUUGCUGUGUAAUCCAAUCUGCAUGGUGGGCUACACGCUGGCAUCCUGGCGCUUCUUCCGGGAGCGGAUAGAAGAGGAGGAGAUGACGCUGAUCCAUUUCUUUGGGGAAGAGUACCUGGCCUACAAGAGGAGGGUCCCUACAGGCUUGCCGUUCAUCAGAGGCGUGAAAGCGGAGCUAUGAAGACCCCGGGGCCGGCGUUGAGCAGAACAUGGGAGCUCCUGGCUCCAGGGGCCGCCUGGCCUGGCCUGUGCAGAACAACGGUGACAUACGUGCCGUGCCGGUACAGUAGUGGUCAGUUUUAAUACCUAGUGAGUUUCCUGGAGGUUUGUGAAGGGCUGGGCGGAAGCUCCAUACCUUAGGCAAAAAUAGAUGCCCUCCCUUGACGUAAGCGGGAGAAGGGACUGCCCGGAUGAUCAGAGCUGCACUGAAUCCUCAAGGCCAACUUUGAAAGCAAAACAAUUUUUGUCGCUCUGCCUCUUGCAGCUUUGAUGGACCAAAGUGCACCAAAGCAGAUUUCAAUGACAAGCUCGCCCUUUGAGUAACCACUAUUGCUCCCUGGAAGGGGUUUGGAUAGAAACUCACCUCUCUAGUCGAAAGUUUUUCUUUUCUUUUUUAAAGCAAAGAGGCCCAGCCCUUCUAGUUUUUCCCCCUCCCCACAAACGCCGCCCUGCCAAAGGGCAAGCGCAGCACAGCUUUAACCUCUGGGUGUGAUCUCCUAAGCACUCUCCCAAGGCUGGGCUGGCAGGGGGUGGGGUCCGUUUCAGCAGCCGGGCCCUCUGGUUCUAACUUAAAAUGCAUGACUGCUGUCAAGAUUAACAACACAGGCAAAGAAAUCUCCCUUCCCUUUGCCCUUUUUCCAAACCAGGCUUGCAAUACACCUCACAAAUGAAUGAAAAAAAGAGAAGUCUUUGCACCUAAAUGUUAUGGUGUCCUGUUUCUUUCACGGCCAUUUUGACGUCCCUCCUGGUUGAGCGGUCCUGUCUCACUCCUACUGCUCAGCCUCACAACCUUUGUCUUCAUUCCACAUUUUUGAUAAUGACCACCUCUCCUCCCACCAGAAUCCUGCUUGUGUAGCAAAAGUUCAAAUUCUCUUUCUACAAAGUGCAAGGGGAUGGUUGCUUUUGACUUUGCAUACUGAACAAGUAUUACUUUGGCAAUAUCUAUUAAGCAGGAUGCACAUGACUGACUGGGAGAGACUUCCCUCGCGCCCUCCCCCUCUCCCUGGCUGCCUUUUUAAAAAGUUUCUCACUGCACACUUUUCCAUUUUAAUAUACCAAAGAGAAGUUUAAUGUGUUUCUGUUUCUACUGAUCUAUUUAUAAUGAAGAUGGGAAAUAAGACGCUUGCAAACUGCGGCCAAGACUGGCAGAAAUGGCAUUUCUGUCGUUUUGGGGGGCCAGUUGCCAUCCAGUUAUCAUUCUGUGUGUACCCAGCAAGGAUGAUUCCUUAAGCUGUCAUCUGUCUCCACUUUCUUUGAUUUGUAAAUGCAAAACGGCCAAAAUCUCAAGCAAGCAGCUUUAAUUUCUCUUUCACUCUGUGACAUCCUUGUUUACAGAGGGAUAAGCAGGCUUUUGUGCUUCUUUACUUGGGGCACUUUUUUUGGGGGGGGGGAGAAAAUGAGGCAGGUGCACUUGAGAGAGAGAGAGAAACAUAACUGCAAAAAUAGGUCCAAAACAAUUCUAUGCUUAGGAAAAGCUGGAUUCUACACCUCUGUAUAAAUUAAGACAGUCUACAUAGUGUCCCCCAUUUCCUAUUGUACCUGUAGUGUCUGCUUCAAUAAUUCCCCUGCUGUUCAGAGUUAGGUAGGAGCUCAGGCCUUGCCCUGCAUUGCCCAAGAGCUUCUGUUGACCUUAAUUCUUUAAUCUGGGAGCAUGGCUGAGUUAAUUUUAGGCGUGUGAUGUAGAGACACAACUCAUGACUUGGAGCUUCAGGGCGAUUUGUUUCCUCGGUGGCUCGUUAAGAAUCAAGCAGAAUCUGAAAAAUUCUGUUCUGUUGCUUGUGAACUGUCAGGUGGCGAUUGAGAGCCCCUUGGUUGGCUUUGUGCAAAUGUCAUAGUACAGCUUGGUGGGGGAACCUGUUGCACAGUUGACCUACUGCAACAGAAAACUGAAGCUUCUUCCUUAGGUUGAGUAAGUUCAUUGACCCAUGGUGCCUAAUACUUGCUUGCUCUGAUGGGGAAGAAGAUUCAUAUACGGUUCAUAUACGCCAUGAGAUGGGGUAUCGGUUGCAGAAAUCAAGUUUCCCCAAGAAAAUCAGUUUUAAUAAAUAAAUAAAAGUUUCUAGUCCUUGUGGCUGCAAAAUGAGCUUGCAUGGUGGAGGAAGGGUAUGUCUGGUUGAAUUUCAAAAUCUAGAAAGUUGCUAAGGUUUUCAAGGGUCAGAUUCUGAUCUGUCUUACAGAGAGUGGAUUCACUGAGAAGAAUGGGCAUGUCUAAGGUCCAUUCAUUUCAAUGGGUCUGCACUUAGUUGGAUGAGAUUUGAAUUCCCUGCAUAGCACGUGUGUAGUUUGCAAACCCUGCUUUGUACGGUAUGGGCUGCAGCUGAGGGGUAGCUCUGUGCUUUGCAUUCAGGAGGCCCCAUAUUCAGUCCCCAGUUGGGGACUGUCCCCUGCCUGAAACCUUGGAUUGCCACUGCCAGUCAGUGUAGACGGUACUGAGGUAGAUGGAUCCAAAGAUCUGAGGCAGUAUCAGGUCGCACACAUGUUCCUACUUCAGACCUGUAGGCCCUCCUCGGUCAAAAUACAUGUCCAUAUCUGUAAUAUGCAGGCAAUAUCUGUAAUAUGCAGAAGCAAUUUUUUUUUAAGUAUGCACAUUUAAUCAAAUCAGUGUAAUUUGUAUGGAUUGUGGAAUACAGCUUUUAUUAGAACGAAUUUUGGAUGUAUAAUCCUAGCAUCAUUUUUAUAGAAAUCAUGGUAUACACACAGGUCUGCCUCCCCCUCUCUCCUCCCCCUCCCCCCGGCUGCCCUGGUAACUAGCCAGUUUGUGUUGCCAGGAGAAUAUCCUGAGAUUCCCUCUGAAAAUUAAUCAUGCUGUUUUUUGCUUUGUUACCUCGGAAGCUGAGAGGCAGUUGUUUACUUUCCAGUCCCUUUGGAGCAGUCGGCUGGCAACCAGCCAAACAGAGGAUCAGUUCUGUUCUCUUGUAUUUUUAAAAGAAUAAUAAUAAAAUAUUUUUAAGUCUCU